AUGGCUGCCAGCUGGACAAAAGGCAGAUACCUCUUUCAAGGCAACUAUACCUGCUUGACCAUGUAUGCUGCGCUCUCUCUUCUCCUGGCAGCCUGCCUGCCCUCUGGAUGGGCGCAGACGGCCCUGGAUGACUACAUAAAGCAGGAUGACCCUCACUACAACUACACUGUCACAAAGAAGGAAGACAGGCCUGGCGUCACCCUCUACACCCUCAACAUGACCUCCCUGAAGUGGCUGAAUGGUGAGCGGCAUUUUUGAAAUAUAGAGGAAGGCAUUUCCUCAGUGCCCUUUUCCUUUGAGGAGGAAGAGAGUGAGAGAGCAGGGAGCCUAACCUGGAGAAGUGGCUGCUGGGUGGGUGUAAGGAAACAUGAAGAGCAGUAGGUACUAGUCAGGUCUCCUGUGGCUGACUAUGAAAGGGAGAAAGGCCACUGCCACUUCCCAACCUGAAACAAUCCCAAAGCCGAAAGCAAGAAAUGCAAAGUACCAUAUUUUUCCGUGUACAAGAUGAUGUCCUCCUAAAAUUGGGGGUUAUAUAGUGGUGAAAAAAUUGGGGGUUGUCUUAUACAGGGAUUUAUAUGGUAGAUCCCCAGAUAUCAAUUCGGCCUUUGAAAUUCCAAUAAUGUCUAGAAAAAUCCGGACGUAUGGCAGCCCUACCCCAAUAAAUACAUUUUUUUGUAAACAAUGGUUGAUUGGAUAAUUGCACUGUAACAUUUGGAUGUGUGCAAAUUUCAAAGGAUGCCUGUGUUUUGGUUCCCUUAAUGUUUCAGAGGAAAAUAAUUUGAAAGAUUUGCCUUUAAAUGGCACCAGAAUUGAAUUUCUCCCCCACCCCUGGUGCUGACAGAAGUUAGCAGCACCUGGAAUGGGAAGAUGUUGGCUUAAUUCAGGGUUGGGAAACCUGUGGCCCAGCAGAUGUUGCUGAAUUCUCAUCAACCCUGACCGGUGGCUGGUUUGGGCUUGUGGGAGCUGGAGUUCAACAGCAUCUGGAGAGCUACAAGUUCUCCAUCACUACCCUAAGUGAUUUGAUCUGUGUCAAGGAGAGUGCAGUGCCCUUCCUUUCACUUCCUAAACGCCAGCUCUUUCUUACCCUUAAGGGACGCGGGUGGUGCUGUGGGUUAAACCACAGAGCCUAGGACUUGCCGAUCAGAAGUUCAGCAGUUUGAAUCCCCGCGAUGGGGUGAGUUUCCAUUGCUGGGUCCCAGCUCCUGCCAACCUAGCAGUUCAAAAGCAUGUCAGAGUGCAAGUAGAUAAAUAGGUACCACUCCGGCAGGAAGGUAAACGGCGUUUCCGUGCACUGCUCUGGUUCGCCAGAAGAGGCUUAGUCAUGCUGGCCACAUGACCCGGAAGCUGUACGCCAGCUCCCUCGGCCAAUAAAGCGAGAUGAGCACCGCAACCCCAGAAUCGGCCACAACUGGACCUAAUGGUCAGGGGUCCCUUUACCUUUACCUUCUUACCCUCAGGUAGGUAGCUGUGUUGGUCUGACACAGAAGAAAUAUAUAUAUAUAUAUAAAUAAAAAAUUGCCCAGCAGUGUCUUAGAGACCAACUAAGUUUGUUCUUGGUAUAAGCUUUCGUGUCUUUCUACUUUGUUACUUUUCUACUACUAGAUAAAUAUUCAUUAUGACUCCUGGGGGGGAAUGUAUUUCGAAGGGAGAAUGGAAGACAAAUGCCCUGAUGAAUAAAUUCUGUGUAUCUCUUUUCAGAGUCUGAAGUGGAUAGACCAAUUUGGUGGCAUGAGCUGUUCAUUGCUGUGUCAAAGGAACAAAAACUGAAGGACUCAUGUUUGCUGAUCAUUGGGAAUGGAAGAAAUGAUGCAUAUAAUACUAUCAUAGAUUUUAGCGUUGGUGAUAUCAUCAAUCUAGCAAAAUCCACUGGGUCGUAAGUAAUUGGUGGGAUCUCUGAGCAAUGAAUAUGGCACCAGCUCUGCUCUGUUAAAACUGCUAAGGGGAUUAGCAGCCCUGCAAAGAACUGUGAGGUAGACAUACUUGAUGGAGUGAGGUCCUGCAGAAAAUACUUUUCCUGUUGGGGAAUGAGGGUUGGAAUUAGGGUUGCACAUCGUAUUUGGACAAUCCUUGAGCUGAAGUGGAAUACCUGGAAGGAUUUGGGGCUUGUCUGAAGUAAGGCAAGAUUUGUAUGAGGCAGCUCAAAUAAUUACGGGCUGCUAAGUUUUUUUAUGAAAGAUUUAUCACUGACUGGAUAUCAAAAGAGACACACAGCCAGGAAGUCUCACCUAAACAAUUUCAUUCUAAACCACUGCCCUGGCAAUUCAGACAUAAAACAACAAGCAUGUAGUGAAAGGUAAAUUAAAUGUCUAGCCGUGUGGUCCCAUCCAAGAGUGGGGGUGGGGGCAGGAAGAUCUGCUUUGCCAGAGUGUUCCCUGUGAAAUAGCACCAACCUUAUCCUGACCAUUGGAUGAACAGUCUUCAACCCUGCUGACUUCAGGGGUCUGCUUCAGCAGUGCAUUCCCUAUAGGGGAAAUGGCCUCACAAGCCAACUUGGACCCCUGGCAGGCCAAGACUUGCUCCAAAAUAUUCUCCCCAAGCCUUUAUCUAAGCUUACCAUAUAAGGAAUAACAUCAGCAUGGGGAUUGGGUGGAGGGGGGAGUUCAUCUGCUUCAGAAAAGUUGCACAGGCAGUAAAACUUUGCUUACUUAUAUAGUGGUGAAAGUUCCUAAAUUAUUGGUAUAGGAACCCAAGGGUGGCUGCUGAGAACCAUGUAUUCUUAGCUGGGGCAACCAGCACAAACCUCUUCACACACUGAGCUCAGGAAGACUGCAGGAGAACAAAGCUUGAUUUCUGAGUUCCUUCCAAGGUGAGGGGAAGUUGGCAUAGCUAAGCCUGGAAGGACAGCUUGCUCUAUGGUUUUAACCCCUUCAUGCAUUAAUUAGACUUGAGCAUGUUGGUUAUACGAGACUGCUUAUCUCACAUAUACCAGAGGUGUUGUAUGUUUGCAACCUAUUGGAGGAGAAAAUCCUAAGUUCUAACUAAUAAAGCAGCCAGAAACAAAAAUGGCCUGAUGACAAUCUAAUGCAACUCACUGUAUUCAAGACAGUUUCUCUAUGCUCCAGAGUCACAUCUUAGUUCAUCUUCCUUCCAGCCUCCCAAUAAAUAUGUAUAAAAUGUUAUAUUGCUUGAAUUCUCUCUUCGUCUUGAUUUAAUGAUUGAUCUUAUUAUUGCUCCAAAGCGGCCCAGAGCUGUUGACUGUGGUCUCUUUGGCAUCAUUGCCUGUAGAUUGCAGAGGACAUUUACUGCUGAUGGCUAAUACUUGUUUUGUCUCUGAAGCUGUGCAGCGCUUUUGGGGCAGAUUCCCAACUACCCAAUCACCUACAAGGUAAGUCUUCUAGGAUCUUUGCCAUGCUGGGAACUCCCCACACUCACUUUCACACUCAUGUAGGAGUUAGGAGUCAAUUGGGUGAGUGGAACUGGGGAAACAGGAGGGGGGGGAGUUCUUGGCUGUCACAUUUUCUCACUGGAAACUUCCAUUACAGAUUCUCUUCCCCCAAUUUCACUCUAAUGAGGGAAGUGUUUACUUUCUCAGAGCAAAAUCCAGCAGAAAUCUGCACUGUGUCCAAUAACCUUUCUUCAUAAGCAAAUCACAUUACAUAAUCUGUGAAGAAUUAACCAUCUCUUUCAUAGGAGUGGUUCAAAAUACUAGAAUUAAAAUGUGGGAGCCAGGUCAUGUGGUGCUCACCUCCUCAGAGAAGGUGAAGGUGAGAGCAGCAGGACCCUGCUCUCCAGAUACUUACUGGAGCCAUGGACUCCUACUGCAUUCCCAGUGGGUUGUACAUGGGGCAACUGUCCUUAUCACUCCUUAUCACUCGGAGCUGAAGAAUCCUGGCCCGUGGAUGUCAGAGCCUGAUUGGAUGAGGAAGUGAGCUGGGAGCCACCUGCUCAAGAGCCUCCCAGGAAGGGCUUGGACUGGCUGGAUGAAGAAGAGUGGUGGGAACCUGCCUCCCAAGAGCUUCCCAGGGAGGACUCCGCAGAUGGACGGGAAGUCAAUGGAAUAGAAUUAUUCAUUGAUGUAAUGGAUCUAUUUUCCCCUUUCUCUUAUUCUUCAGUUCUGUAUUUUGUAGCUUUAUAAAUUCAUAAAUAAAAAUUAAAAAACAGACAAAACAAACCUCAUCCAUCUAUUUUUCUUCUAGAAAAUCCCUAUGAAAAGAUGUAAGAGGAGCUCUGAAAAUGCUGCAGUUGCUUGUUCGUGGUGGAAGUUCAUGAACGACGAGAGUGAGCCUCCACACGUGCUGAUUCAGUUUCCAAUGGUCAAGGUGACUCUGGCUUUCUGUAUUGGCUGGCAAGCACAUGCUGCCAUCAUUCUGGGAAAUGCUUUUUUUAUUGUUUCCAGAAUCCCCUGAAUGCUGGCAGAGCUGCUGUAACAUUUGCAAAGCACAUAUGCCUCAUUUUUAAUUUUUUUUUAAUCUGCUUGCAAAUCACAGAACCUAGAAGGAGGCAAGGUGAGGUGGCGGCCUCAGGCGACAGAUCUGGAUUCAAAGAGUAAAUGACUUGUUGCCUCCUCCUAUGUGGCUGCACCUUCUCCUCUGCAGGUGCACCCUGCCUCCUCUGCUACAGAUGCACUGCUGCCACCACAUUCAUGCCCUAUAUAAACCGCCCCAGACUCUGCGUUCAUCAUCUGAGGCCAUUCUUUAUGUGUCCCCUCCAUGUGAACGAGAACGGGUCUUUAGUGUAGUGGCUCCCUGUUUGUGGAAUUCGCUCCUAAGUUAGACUACCCUGGAGCUUUCACUACAUAUAUUUAGGUGCCAGGCAAAAGCUUUCCUCUAUAACCAUGCCUUUGACCUUUAACUAUUUGGGACUUUUUAGAAGUCAGUGGGAUGUUCUUAAUUUAUUUCUCUUUCCUCUUGCCUUUAAGGUAACUAUGUGGGGUUUAUUGUCUGUUGGUUGGUUUGUAAGUUGAUCAGGGUUGUCCUGGGCAAGAUAAAGCAACUAACCAAUUUAGUACAUAAUAAUAAUAAACAUUAAAGGCAUGAAGACCUGACACCUUUUGAGGGCACUUUAACUCUGUCAUACUAAUAGAGGGAUAGGGACAUUGGUGGCGCUGUGGGUUAAACCACAGAGCCUAGGGCUUGCCGAUCAGAAGGUUGGCAGUUCAAAUCCCCGCGACGGGGUGAGCUCCCGUUGCUUGGUCCCUGCUCCUGCCAACCUAGCAGUUCGAAAGCAUGAAGUGCAAGUAGAUAAAUAGGUACCGCUCCAGCGGGAAGGUAAACAGCGUUUCCGUGUGCUGCUCUGGUUCGCAAAGCGCUAGUCAUGCUGGCCACAUGACCCGAAGCUGUACGCCGGCUCCUCGGCCAAUAAAGCGAGAUGAGCGCCGCAACCCCAGAGUCGGUCACGACUGGACCUAACGGUCAGGGGUCCCUUUACCUUUAUUAGAGGGAUAUAAUUGAACCCAAUCCAAGCAUCUUCUUUGAACUCCAGAGACUAUAAUCCUCUUCUCUUGUGUGCAGGCAGCUGUGCGUGGCAUGGACACUGUAACAGAUUUAAUGCUGAAAGAAUUCGGUGGAAAGGUGAAAAUCAAAAAGUUCACAUUGACUGGUGUUUCCAAGGUAGGUUGGCUUUCCUGUACCCCAAUAUUAACCCUAUGCAUGCUCAUCCCCAUUUCAUCUGUACUGUAUAUGCCAUGUUCAGUCUCUCAAGUAGGAACUGCAUACCUCUCCAUCUUUAUGUUUUGUCACUUUAUUGCAGCGCGGCUGGACCACCUGGGUCACAGCAGCUUUGAAGAAGAGAGUUGUGUCAUUUCUUCCAAUUGUCUAUGAUCAGUUGAAUUUCAUUCAGGUGAGUAUCCACUUUCUUUACAGCAAUCAAAGAGAAGGCUGUUCAUAGGAUGGUGCACUAGCUGUGUAUAUGGCUGUGUAUGAGUCUGUUUCAGAGGUGCCAGCUUGCACCAAAGGUUGAGGGGGCCCGAUAUUGUGCAUAUGUGUGAUGUUGCACAUGCAACACACACUUUUGAUGUCAUGUGCACAAUGUAAUGCAAUGGCUUGGCUUUCAGUGGCUGAUGGAUCCUCUUAACAUUGAGGAGGCCCCAAACAGCUCUGCCCCCUGAGCUGGCACUCCUGGUCUUCGUCACAGUUCAUUCAUAGUACAGUACUCAGGAUAAAUAAGAAUACAUUGACCAUUUGCAGGAAGGCUACAAGUGUGAGAGCCAGUGAAACUUCUGAGGAAGGCCACUCCACAGCCUCAGCACCACUGCUGCAAAGACCUUGUCCUGUGUCCUAAUCAGCCAUGCUUUUGAAGGCAAGGGACAGUGAGGAAUCCCUCCAAUGAUUGUAAGAGGGGCAGACUCAUGGGGAGCAGAGUCUUUCAAAUAUCCUGACCCCAAAUGUUGAUUCAUUAACUCAGCUGUUGGGUUAUGGGGCUGGGGAGGGACAAAGCUUUGCAAGCAUAUUUCUCUUCCCCAAAUCCUGGCAAUUAUGCAAGGUGAACUGGAUGAUUUCAUGGAGUAAUAGAAAUUGUAUUUUGAAUGUUUCACUUAUUGUUUAGAACUACUUUUUUAUACUGUAGUUAUGCAUUUUUUUCAUGCUGUAAGCCACCUUGAGCAUGGUUUGAACUGUGGAAAAUUAGCAUACAAAUAAAAUAAUGCAUGUAUGUACGUAUGUAAUCCAAAAAUAUUAAGGUUAAGCAAAAAAUAUGGCAGACACACAGUGUAGACAGAAGUGAGCAGGAUGAACAAUAGGCGAUUAGGUACAAAUUUGUACUUUAAAAUAGCAUACAUAGAGUAAAGCUUCUGAAUAAGACAUAUAUUCUGGCCCACCAAGGGAAUGGCAGGAAGUAUUUGUCAACACAACACAAGUAAUUAACCAAAAAAGCCAUUAUACAAAGGCACUGACAGUAUGAAGGGGAUAACUUAUUGCCAUGUCUUGUUUUCUGUUUAGCAGCUUAGCCAAAAGUGUACAUAGGGGUCGGCAAAACUGACCCCCGCCAGGGUGCAGGCAACCUCACCUGCUUUUCAUAUUUAUGUGGUGCGGGGGCCACCAAUACAGCUCCUAGCCAAGGGUGCAAAUGACCCUAUAUAUGCCUCUGAGCUUAGCCCUGCUAAAGAUUUGAAUAAAUCUUACCGUUGUAGCAUUUGACAGUCCUCCAUCCUGCAGAACUUCGGGAUCUUAAUAUAUGACAGUGCCAUAUAUUACCCUCUAACAUUCCUCAGAAAAUAGGGACAGUCUACUGAUGUAGAAUAGAAUGUUCUUAUUUGAUGUGCACAUAGAAUUCACUUCUGUCUACUUUGGUACAGAACUGGCAUCAUCAAUACCGAGCAUACUGUGGCUGGUCAUGUACACGGAAUGAUUACUAUCACCUGAAUAUAACUCGGCAGUUGGACACUACACGGUUCCAGAAAUUAAAUUCACACAUUGAUCCAUUUGGUGAGCAGUUCUUACCAUCUCAUAUUUCUCUGGUGAAUGAGAUGGUAGCAGAAGAAAGGGUUGAAUAAGUGGGAAAGGGCAGCCCUGGGGAAUUCUGGUGGCACUAUAAUGCAUGUAAGAAACAUUGAAGAACAUGACGUCCAUUUAAUUAAAGGGCCACUUGGUGCUUCUGUGGAGUGAGGAUUAGGUGGUUGUUGAAUCGUGAUUGCUGUUUCUUGUGCAAAUAAGAGAAAGCAAUGAAAUACUUGGGGAGGAAGAACACUGAAAAGUAUGUUGUCAUGUAGAGGGAUGAGGAAUGAAUCAAUUAAACCAAGUCCUCUCCCCUUUUCUACUUCCCUUUUUGAAAACUCUGAAACUAGGCCCUUCCGCAUCUGAGGCCAUGGCAGCAAGCUGUGGAAUCCUGGCUUAAGACCAGUGCUUUGGGGGGGGGGACGCAGGGGUAUGCAUACCCCUAAACAUUUUGUGAAUCUAAGUUUGGCCUCUUUGAGGGACAGUAUUUCAAUGUGAGUAGGAAAAUGAGAGCACCUGUCCUCUGUCUUGUGCAGAAAAAUGUUCCCAGCCCUAGUUAUUGCAGCAGAAGCGGGAUGAUAAAUUAUCCUAAUAAAUAUAUUUAAAGGUUCCAGUGCGAGAGGUACAAAUCAGGAUUUGCAUAGACUGAAUUCCUCAAGCAUCCAGAGGCACCUCAGAUCGCUUUCUUGAUGACCUGGAGAACCUACUACCAAACUUUUUUAAUGCAAAGGAAUGCUCCCUUUUCAACAUUGCAUCACCAUCAUUUGCUACCUAGGCUUUGUUUUUUGGUCUUAGUUUGCCACAAUAAGGUUGUUUUACAUAUUUUUCAAUUAUAUUUUUGUUUCCAACCUGCUCAAUGAAUGUCUCUUGUUUUCCAUUGCUCUUAUCCAAUCUUACCAUCCUUUUAUGAUGAAAUUAAGUGGUAGCAACUUGAGAACUGCGUGUGUUUCCCAUUACAAUAUCAUUUAAUUUUUCCAUCCUCAGCAUAUAAUGAGCGAUACCAAAAUAAGACCUGGUGCUCAAUUGGUGCAACAGGAGAUGAAGUCAACCUACCUGAUGACACUUACUAUUUCUUUGAUCAGCUAGCCGGCAAUAAAUACAUCCGGUGAGUUUCCUUAUUUAUGAGACAAGAAUGGCUGCUUACCGUCUCUCCUCGGUGAGUGGUGGUUGCGGCCCAAUGCAGUGCCUCCCUCGAUGACCAGACACAAUGCACCAUCUUGUCCCCCUCGGCCAUUGCACAGAUUCAUGGGGUUCCUGCCAAACCCCGAUUCAAUUUGAGCCAAUCAGUGGUGGCCUGGGAGGCAUGGCCUAGGCAGGCGCACCUGGAUGAGGAAGGCUUCACUCAGGUGCGCCCGCCAAAAAGAUAGCCUGGCUGACCCUGCGCUCCUUUCACACCUACCCAUUCCCUCCCUUUAUAGUUGCUUGCUGCAUUAACCAUUUCUUUUCCAGCUAGGAGGGCUUUGCUGUGGUCUGUGGAUGGUCACCAUUUUCGGGCCUGGAAGGAAUUUUCCCUGCACUGCAGGUUUCACCUUCCCCAUAGCACUAGUCAUAACUUUGCAGGUUUAGGCCUUGGGUGGAAUCCUAUAGUCUUUCAUCCAAUCGGGGUGUGGUGAAGCGGUGACUGCUCCCUGCAGUGGCGAUAACAGAGUACCCUGUUAGAGGGGUCUGGAGGGAAGUCUCUGUCCAAAGUGCCAGUUGCAUAGGACUAGUGGCUUCCCUCAGCGUUUGGCGCCAUCUGUGUAAACCUGUGUUUUGUGUUGGACCCACCCCUGAAUUGACCCUGUCAUGCCUCAGCCCCCCCCGGGGGGGGGCAGCACUGAGAGGGAUACAUGUCCAGUGCCUAUGGCAAGGCUUCCUAUAUCUGAAAUCAAUAAAGUUGUGGCCAUUUUCAUCCCAGACGAUUUUCUUGCCCAUUCAUUUACCCCCAUUUUACAGUCAGGUGUGUCUGGUGGGGGACUCUGGGCUGGACACACAAUCAUCCCUCUGGUUAAAGGAAGCAACCAGAUGGCUUGAGCCUCAGAUGAGAGACAAUACUGUAAUAUGAGCUGAGAACUCACAGCAGAUCCUUCAGCUGUGUGAGGCCACCUGUGUAAUCUGAACAAUAAUACCAGUGAACAAAGCUGCUGAUCUUUGCCGCACAAUUCACAUAGGCUUUGCAUGAUGAUACAGUGUUUUUUCCUUGUAUAUUUCUCUAUAUGUGUGCAUUCUUUCGGAGGAGCAAAAACUCUAGAAAGUCAAAUUUCUGUGAUUUGAAGAAACAUGUCAUUCCUUUAUCUUAGUCUAUUGCAAGGAAGCUAUUUUUUGCAAAAACCUCUCUGUUGCACUGCAGAUUCCUCCCGAACACUAAUCAUGCUGCGACAUUACUCCCAUGGAGUAAACCAUCUGUCCUAGAGACGUGCAGAGCCUUUUAUCUCAGCACCAUGCAGAAUUUGAGCAUGCCUCAAAUUUCUUGGAAAAGGGUGGAGGUGAGGAAAACUGAUUUUGCUUUGCAUGCUGAAUGACAGAAAUAAUUCAGUCAAUGAAGCUUGUUUUCUAAUUUACUCCAAGCCAUGGUUGUAUGUUGUCCCUAAUGGAUGUGGGUCGAAUUCAAGAUUCCUAAGAAAUUAUCAGAAAUGUUGAAGGCAGGAAAGUUGUUAUGAUGAUAUACAAACCGGCCUUGGUUAAUGUUAUCGUUUACCAGUAAAUGAUGGAAACAAUAGCUGGGAUAGCUCAGUUGGUAGAGCAUGAGACUCUUAAUCUCAGGGUUUUGGAUUCAAUCCCUGCAGUGGGCAAAGGUUAUCUGCAUUGCAGUGGGUUGGACUGGAUGACCCUCAUGGAUGACCCUUCAAAAUCUACAAUUCUAUGAUUAUAGAAUUUUCUGAGGGCACGCUUGGCUAGCCUUGAGUGUACUGAUAAACAUCAGAAUAUUGCCGCAUUUCUUCUUGGCCUCCUAAGAUCUAGGGUGUUCUUUUAUUUACAGAAUAUAUGUGUCAGUUCCUCUUUCAGUCACAGAGAAAGUGUCCUGAAGUGAUCCAGAACAGGCUCAGAAAGUUGGUUGUGUACUCAGAUUCCCAGAGCAAAUGACUGCUAGACCAGUUUGCUUCAGUAGUAUCAAUAUAUUAUUUAUUGUGGUUUUCAUCUUCCUUCAGGAAGGCUGAGGGGUGUGUGUAUAGAUCUUUCAAUAUUUAUCCUUACAACACAGCCUGGAUGAUGGCCAAAGAGAGAACUGUGGUGGGAUCUCUUUUUGUUUUUUAAUAUUGGAAAUGGUGUGAAGGGAAAAUGUUGGUCUGACAUCCACUAGCACCAAUGAAUUUUUAUAAAUUGCCCUCUUCCAGGCUACAUCUAUCUUCAAAAAAUAAUAUGAGAAAUCUGAUCACAGAUCUCUCCACAAGAAAGAUGGGGAGAAAGGGGAGACAGAGAGAAUGGCUCACGAUUACUAGGGGGUCCCUGUGCCCUACUUUAGAGACGGCAGUCCUACAUCUGCAUGACUAGAAAAUGCUGUUUGCUGGAGUUCUCUAUUUGAAGAUCUGCCUGGUUCAAGUGCAAUUUAAAGAUAAAGAAGAACCCCAAGAAAAGAGAGUCGGUGGCCUUGAAUCACCAGCUGACACUUAACACCUGGACAGCAGGCUGAGCAGGUCACUUAAUUACAAUCUUCCCCACCACCAUAUUAUGUUGUUGUUGUUUAGUCGUUUAGUCGUGUCCGACUCUUCGUGACCCCAUGGACCAGAGCACGCCAGGCACUCCUGUCUUCCACUGCCUCCCCCACCAUAUUAUAUUUCUUUUUAAAAUAUAGUAAAAAAAUUUUAAAGGCCAGGUGAGAAUAGUACAGAUAAGCAUUGGUGCUUUUGUGUGAUUUGUCCAAUUAUGUUUUUUCUUAGUUUGCAAGGAGUAAACACUUCACAUGUAGUUGCAGCUAUUCAUGACCCUGAUGAGUAUACCUGCAUAUACACACAUGUCUCAUUCUGACAUUACAUUUUUAGUUGUAUGCUAAAAAGAAAAAUUCACCGUAUACCUAAAAAUGUCAUGUGAAUAUGCCAUUAGCAUAAAAACAUAAGCAAAAAUUCAAGGUUCUCAGUUUCCUUUAUUCAUUUGGCAACAAUGGGUUGACCUUACAUAGGGUGUUGCAUGACACAACCAGUUAAAGCAGUGGCUGCUGGAGAGGGUAAUGGGAAUGGCUCAUAGCUGGAGGGAGAUUUGAUUUUUCUAUCCUAUUCUCUCUCUUUCUAGACAAAUGCCACAGGUAUUAUCUAUCUCUACACCGAUCGGGAGCCUUCAGAAACUAAAUGUUUUUUUGCUUGCACAUGGCUCACCAAAAGGUAACAUUCUUUCCAAAAUAUUUUAUAUAAUUCAUUAAUACAUAGAACAAUAUUCAAAGUCAAUAUACACAAAAACCCUGAAGUUUUUCUUUCUUAAAGCUUACCAAUUUUCUGUCAGUGAGCAUCUCAGCAAACUACUAGGUCCCAACUGUGCUGUACAUUUAAAACAGUAUCAGUGAAUUUAGAAAUAAUAUAUUGGUGGUAGUUUUCUCCACAAAUCAAUUUAUUCUGUGCUCAUGCUAAAUCUCUUCUUUCCCUUCUCAUUCUCAGGCGUGACUUCAGAGUAUUAAGGUGUUCCUUCCCUUUUUUGAGUCUUAUGUUUUGGAAACCUUGCAAGGUUGAUAAAGUGGUAAGAAGAUUAGAAUUUCCUUAGUUUCUUCACAAAGCUGAGGAUGUCAAGCGUCCUAAAGACACAAACACAAAAGCCGUUCUUGGGAAAGAAAUGUCUUCCUUUAAAGCUGGACUUCUGUUGCGGAUAUUGAAUUUGUUCAGUAUUUGCAGAUUCAUUCAAUUAAUGUCUCUGAGCUCCUUUAGGAGGAAGGGUAGAACAUUAAUUGAAUGAAUCUGUAAGAAAUCAAUCAAACCAAUAAAUAUAAUGGGAUUCCUUUACUGUCUGAAUUACCCAAAACAUUUCCCUGCACCUAGCAGAAGAACAUUGUCUUAAUGUUGCAGUUGUAAAAUCACCCAUGCUAGGGAGUAGGGCUCCCUAAUGUGGUGGGGAGUAUGUCUCUACACGCAUAGUAGGGGUGAGGAACCUCUUUCUGACUGAAAGCCACGUUCUCUUCUGCACAACUUUGUGGAGGCCAGGGUCAGAGGCAAAAGUCAACAGAGCAAUCAAUGUGAAUUCUACCAUUGUGCAGUAGCCUAGUUUCUUCACAUUCGCACAUCUUUCUCUAUCCUCCAUCGAAGCAAGCAAGAAGCAUUAUCAGAAUUCAAGGACACAUUCCAGUCAGGGGAAAACAUUCCAAGUGGGGAGGAAUGCUCAGCUGGUGAGGGGUGUGGGUUUUUUUGGGGGGGUGUCCUGGAGAUAAUCCCAAGGGCUAGCUAGAAAGAGCUGAUUUAUCUAAUGCAGGAGUGAGAACCUGCUCUAUGUAACAAAGCAGGCUGGGGUCACAUCCAUUGGAAAUACAUAGUAUUAAGUUGUGGGUGGACGUAGCAGUCGACACAGAGAUUUCUUCAAGUGGUUCUUUAUAGUAAGCUGGAACUGAACUAAACAGCUUUUACAGGCAGCCAGCUGUCAACAUUGUAACAACAACAGCCCAGGGUUUCCCGCCUAAAUUAACUGACGUGGACCUGAGUGACAACUAUAUACACAAUACCCCUGGUGGCCAGGGUGAGAACUUCAAUACAUAACACAUAGGGGGGUUUAAGGUCACCUGGAAAGAAGGGCUAUGUUAUCUGUGGCCAUCCUCCACCACUGUUCCCUCUUCCCUAUCCUUGGAAGACACAAACCAGGAACCUCAGCUCAUUCUUCUUCAAAUUCACACUAAUGAACAUUCUAUAAUUUCUUAAUAUGACACGUUCGCUUCUCAGCUCCUUCUUUUGUCUUAUCUCUUUGCAGGGAACAGGUGUUUAUAAAGCAGAAUUGUCAAAGCCAUUAUUGGGAUGGAAGGGUUUCUUUAUUGAGGUAAAUAUAAUCUCUAGUUGAGUAUUUGACUCAUUCUUGCACAGCUUUUUCCUUAGCUUAAUAGCAGUGUAAAGGUAAAGGUAAAGGUAAAGGUAAAGGUAAAGGUACCCCUGACCAUUAGGUCCAGUCGUGGCCGACUCUGGGGUUGCGGCGCUCAUCUCGCUUUAUUGGCCGAGGGAGCCGGCGUACAGCUUCCGGGUCAUUUGGCCAGCAUGACUAAGCCGCUUCUGGCGAACCAGAGCAGUGCACAGAAACGCCAUUUACCUUCCCGCCAGAGCGGUACCUAUUUAUCUACUUGCACUUGGACAUGCUUUCGAACUGCUAGGUUGGCAGGAGCAGGGACAGAGUAACGGGAGCUCACCCCGUCGCAGGGAUUCAAACCGCCGACCUUCUGAUCGGCAAGUCCUAGGCUCUGUGGUUUAACCCACAGCGCCACCCGCGUCCCAAUAGCAGUGUAGGGGGAGGCAAUUUCCAUUGGAAUAGUGGAAGCAGGAGGGGAGGUUUAAAACGUUCCUUUCCCUGCAACCUCCCCCUGCUGCUCAGCUGACUGGGAAACAAGUGAGAAUGGUGAAAAGUGAAAUGGCAAGCAGAAACAAAUAAUCUUUAUCUGGACUCUCUUGCUCUCUUCCUGCUGCUCUGCUGAUCAGUGGGAGGGGUUUUUGUGCGCCAUAUAAGAUUAGACAGCCGAUAGAACAGUUGGGAAUUACACACAGAUUACACACAGAACAAGAGAUAGAAAACAUGCAUGUUUUUGGAGAGUAGACAUACAGAUGGGAGAAUAUGCAUAUUGGCCAGAGAAUGUACAACAUUCAAGUAUGACAUGCAAAUUCCCCAAAGCCUGUUGGGAAGCAUAAUGGCUAACAAAGUACAGAAUUCAGACACUACAGGCAGGUUUCCCAAGCUUUAUUAGAGAAUAUGCAUAUUGACCGAGAAAUGUGCACAAUUUCUUCUUCAUAGAAACAUGGGCUGCACAUUUUCCAUGAAGGCUGCUGAAUGUGCACAAUGUUGGGUUUUACUUACAUUAACUGUUUUAUGUACAUUCCCUUUAAUAUACAUAUAUUAAUUGAAACUAAGUUCUCCAAGACUGUUGUGCAACUGUAUAAAUAGGCAUGAAGUAUUCUGCGAUUCGACACUGCUUCUAAAAUCUGCAGUAAGAUGCAUUCAUCACUUCUUUGAUAUCUCUGUGCUACAAACUCCUAAUCCUGCUCCAUUCAGCUCUCUGCAAAGGAACAUAUUGAGCAGAACUCCAAUUUCUUUUCCAGGUAACUUUCAAAGGACCUGAGAACGAUAAGCAUGUUUUCACCUCAGAGGUUCAAAUCAUCCCAGACACUUUUCCAUGUGCAGACUGCAAGGGAGAAGGAUGCUAUGGGAAGCUGGUGUGA